GAGAACCAUGGAUACCCAGGGCGUCCGAGUUUUGCUGGAGAAGCAAGAUGACUUCGAGCCCACCGACGAGGAGGUGAAGAAUUACGCAGAGUGGCUCGGGUUGGACCCCAAGGAGGAUGAGGACCUCCUGCACUUGGCACGGGAGGGGCUGAAGGCGCCAUUGGGCGAGGGCUGGAAGCCCUGCACCAACGAGAACGAGGAGGUCUUCUACUUCAACUUCAUGACAGGUUCGACUUCCUGGACCCAUCCUGCGGAUGAAGAGUACCGCGCCAGGGUACAAGAGCUGAAGCGCAACAGGGGCCAGAAGUCGGGGCUCAACGUGCUGCACGCGCCCUACAGCGGCCUGGGGCACCGCCCCAUCGACGGCGCCAACGGCCUCUGCAGCUGCCUCCGGCGGGUCGUUUGCUGCCGGCGCCGAAGAAGCGCGGCGCCCGCUCUGCCGCGGUGAGGGGCGGCUGGGGCGACUUGGGGCGUUUUCGGAAGUCCGGAUGGACGGAGCAGGCCAGGGGGCUACUUAGAUCGCCCAGAUGGCAAACCACUAUAGACAACCAUCUCAAGAUGCUCGCUGCCCGCUGCUUGCUGCUUGCUUUUCGGCCCCCUGGGCGCACCCGUUGGCGUGCGAGCCUCACGGGAGCCCCUUUGGGGAUGGACAUGGGGGUGUCCCAAAGUGAUACCUCUUGGAGAGAAACCCAGAUGGAAGCUAUGCAGGUUUAGCUCUCCCUGAUAUUUGGACACCCCCACUUAUUUGCCCUUUUUGUCCUGUGACUGUUCGAUGUAUGGGGAUGGAUGUCUUUGAUUUUGAGAGGGCUCAUGGGGGCGGGUCCCGCCGUCGGAGUUGAGUUGCUUGACCGGCCCGACGAGCCACUUUGGGCGCAACCGAGUGGAGGCUUCGAGAUAAUUGUGGGCAAGUCUGAUUUUCCAGCUGGAUGGCUGCAGCAAGCUGUGAGCAUCACAAGAGAAAUCGGGGUGUCUUAAAAUGGCAUUUUGCUG